AUGGCGUCAAUGUUUGAGUCUCCAGCGUUCGUCUCCCGGGAACGCCGCGGACUCCGCCGACGCCAACGGCACAGAAGGAUCGCGACGUUGCUGCUGUCGGCAUUCACUGUGUCCGUCCUCCUGGUGAUGUUCAUAUUGCUGCUGACUCGGUCGCGGGUGUCACGGAGCACCAGCGAGCCCUGCAGAUCCCCGUCGUGUCGCCGCUUCAUGGACCUACUCGAGGCCUCCAUGGACACCACGCUGGACCCGUGUCAAGACUUCUACGCGUACGUCUGUUCUCGCUGGAAGCCAGAGGCCGGAGGUCGUACUUUAUUAGAAGACGCGAUGCUGGAAUUCCAAAACGUGGUCAUGAACCGCGCAGCAGCCGUAAAAGUGCCCACGAGAAACCAGAACCGCUUCCAGAAGGCCGUUAUGCUAUACCAGAGCUGCCUCGCCACCGGAGAUAGCAGAACGAGUUCGUUCCGAGGAUUCCUGGACGUAGUGAUGGGUUCACCAUGGCCCGACGUGAACACGAGCGUCGAUCCCAUUGGAAUUCUUUUAGACCUGUCCUUCCAGUGGCGAUGUCCUGUGCUUUUCUACGCCUUCUACACGCGGGGUGCCUCUUCCGUCGGCAAGCUCGUGUUCCUGGACUCCUCGGCGGGCUUGGACUUCCCCGCGCUCUUCGCCGAAUACAGGUCGCGGCAAGACCACGGUCGCUACAUCUGCGCGCUGCAGGCUGAGCUUAACAAAGGGUCAGAUGAGUUUCCUGGGGACAGAGACUCGGCGAAUCACACUAAGUGGUGCACGGACCUGGCACGGUUCCAACGCGAAGUGCUGAGCGAAUUGGAACCGCACAGCCACGAAUCCGGCGGUACAGCCUACGCUAGCCUCAACCAGUUCGCUGCCCAAGCGACUCCGGCUGUCUCGGAAGAGCGUUGGAUGCGUGUCAUGGCCGCUCACGAUCGUCGAGGCGAAAACGUCCUGAGUACUACCCCGGUGGAAGUCGACAAGCCGGCUUACUUGAAAGCCCUGACGAAUAUCUUGGAAGAUAAACCGAGGACGGAGGUUCUAAUAUUCAUCGGCCUCACGAUUGUGCAGGUAAUCGGACGCUUCGCGAGUGCCGAUCUGGCGAGCCUUAUAUACAACGUAGCGUCGUCUGCAGGCCGGAAGCAUCAGAGGACGUUCUGUUUCCAGAUUGUGGACGUUGCCCUGCCCGCAGCUCUGGGCAAUGCGUACCUGUUUGAGGAUGAACGCGUCAGUAAGGUGAAAGAAGUCGCCGACGCGGUGGUUGCUUCCACCAAAGCGAAGCUCGAAGGCGCGACCUGGCUUACUGCGCAGUCCAGGGACGAGUUUAUCGAGAGGAUUGGCCAUGCGGCGCUCGUCUUCGAAGGUAUACUACGAGAAGCGAACGCUACAAGCGAGAACUUCUCAGUCGCGAGUACCUACUUCUUAGAGAACGCGAAGUACCUGCCUAACGACGUGUGGGUGCGCUUCAAGCAGCGGUACGGCGACGAUGUGAAGGAAACCAGCGGCGGAUGGAUAGAACCCCCCAAGCUUGAAGCAAGCACCAACGAGAAGGCUCUGCGGCUGGUCGUGCCAGACGUGUACAUGUCGAAAGAAGUGUUUCCAGACGCCGCAUACGAAAGCGUGAACUACGGGACCGUGGGUUCCCUCGUAGCACGGCAAGUCGCGUCAGCUCUGUACCUCAUAGGUCAAACUGUAGGCGGCGGUGGACAACGCCGCGAUCGUCUGACCGAUGGGCGAAGCGGGCAGAACGGGACGUUAGAAUGUCUGGUCGAGGAGUUUGAGCGUCGCGACAACCUGACGCUUCGGGAAGACGACAAGUCCGCGCUUUAUGUUACCUGGACGAGCCUGGCACCGCUUUUCGAUGCGCACCAGUCCAGUCCUGGACUUAACGAGUACAGCGCAGGUUACAAGCAGUAUUCGCCCGUGCAGUUGCUCUUCAUUACCCUCUGUUUCAUCGGGUGUGCUCAGAGGACAGAUAGUGACAGCAGUGCGACAGGUAUCAGCGCCGCUUCCUUGUGCAAUUUCCCGCUAAGCCUGUUCAAGCCGUUCGCGGAAAACUUUCAGUGUUCAGCGGAAAGUCCUAUGCACUCGGUGCACGCGUGUAAUGAACUGUAA